UACUAGUAAUAAUUUAUAUAUGCGCCCUCAGGUCUCAGCAGACAACAGCCAGCCCUUGUAACCUAAAACUGUCACUUAUUUAGGGUUUUUGCAGAGUGCACCAAAGCCCUAAUUGAAACUCUAUCAAACAAUGGCAGCGCUGAGCUCCAAGAAAAUUUUGGAAGAACAGAACGCAAAUGACCCCAACUCAAUUACCUCUCUUACUCUUACUCAUAAAGCCCUCACUGAUGUUUCAUGUUUGGGUGUAUUCAAGAAUCUGGAAAGAUUGGAUCUUGGGUUCAAUAACUUGACUUCGCUUGAGGGUUUAAAGUCAUGUACGAAUUUGAAGUGGUUAUCAGUUGUGCAGAAUAAGCUUGAGAGCUUGAAGGGCAUUGAUGCCCUAAAUAAACUCACUGUACUAAAUGCUGGAAAAAACAAGCUUAAAUCAAUGGAUGACGUAAAAUCUCUCACAAGUUUGCGUGCACUAAUUUUAAAUGACAAUGAAAUCAGUUCAGUUUGCAAGCUCGAUCAGAUGAAAGAGUUGAACACUCUAGUUCUGUCGAGGAACCCAAUCAAUUCGCUCGGUGAAUCUUUGGUUAAGCUGAAAUCAAUCACCAAACUUUCUCUUUCUAACUGCCAACUGCAAAAAGUUGAUUCAUCCUUGAGAUCCUGCCUGGAGUUAAAGGAGCUUCGUUUAGCUCAUAAUGAAAUUAUGACUAUUCCUGAUGAGCUCGGGCGUUUGGUGAAACUUCAGAAUCUAGACUUGGGGAACAACUUGAUUGCACGAUGGUCGAAUCUUAAGGUGCUUUCCUCGCUAGUUAAUUUGACAAAUUUGAAUCUACAAGGGAACCCUAUUGCUGAAAAGGAAAAUUUGCUAAAGAAAGUCAAAAAGCUAUUGCCAAAUUUGCAUGUCUUCAAUGCUAGACCAAUCGACAAAAUAGCUGCAAAAGUGGUUCAUGAAAACGGUGCUGACUUCUCUGUCGAGGCAGGUAAUCAGCCGAUGAGAAACAAAAACUCAAGCAAAGCUCAUCCUCUGAGUGAAAGUAUGGAUGUUUUGGGCUCUAGGAAUAAGAGGAAAAAACUACAAGAUGAAAAAGGUAUAGAUAAUGCUGAGAAUGCCAAUAUUUCAGACAAGAGAGAGAAGAAAAAGUCGAAGCUGCAACAGGAUGAAAUCAGAGUCACCAAUAAUGUCGAGGCUCUCAAGGGCAGCCAUGAGGAAGCAAAUGAAGUAAAGCACAAGAAAAAGAAAUCAAGAAAAACAUCCAAAGUAGAUACCAUAAAUAACACUGACACUGCAGAAAACCACCCUUUUAUGGAUCUUUUGUUGACGGGUCCUCCUAAAGACCCCGUAGAGGCUGCUGACAGUAAGUUGGAUCGCAAAAUGGAUCAAGGUAUCGAUGAUACGAGUGUGCUGGUAACUUAUCCAACCAAGAAGAAGAACAAGAAGAAACGUGACGUUCUUCCUGAUAUGCUCGAGUUGUCACAGGUUGAUGAAAUUGGGCUAGGGGGGCCUUCAGCUUGGGCUGUGUAAUUGAUAAUAUGAUGUUUGUUAAACUACACUACACGUUGAUCGUCUCCAUUCAUGGCUCCGGUUCUUGGUUGUACGUGUUAGCCCGGUGCUUGCAAGCUUGUAUAACCGGACUGAGGAUUUCUAUGUUACUCUGAACGUCGAGGCAGGUAUGUCGCGGAAAAUUUUGUUUAGCAUUAAUCUUAUAAAUCUCCUUUGUUCAUGUAAGUUUGGAAGGUGUGUUAGUGAUGCUGAUGACACUGAACAAAAUUAAUCUUUUAACUCUACCUUCUUUAUGUAAGUUUGAAAGGUGUGUUGUUAGUGAUGCUGAUGAAACUGAACUAUCAGAAUUCUAUUGUUUCUUCCUUGUAUUAUGUUAUGUUAAAGCUCUGCAAUGUCGCUAAAAAAACUAUAUCAGGCUCCAAUUUUUUUAAAUUUUUUUUAACGGGACACAAAUAAUAUGUAAUAAAAUAACUUUGUAAUUGAAUGUAGGACGACU